UUUCAGACAUUCUGUGUGGUUUCAAAACGUUUUCGCAAAAAUUACAUACAUCGAUUUACCGGCACCAAAAGUUUAUUUCUCUUCCAUCCAUGGAGUGCGGCGAGACGAAUAUGCGUCUAUAUAGCAACAAAUCAGUUCUUCGAUUAUUGUGUCAUGGCCACAAUAUUGUUUAAUUGCAUUUUUUUAGCCAUGACAGAGACAGUCGAAGAAGCUGAAUUUGUCUUCCUAGCGAUUUACACCAUUGAAAUGGUAAUCAAAAUCAUUGCCAAAGGCUUCCUGCUCAACAAGUACACAUAUUUACGAAAUCCAUGGAAUUGGCUGGAUUUUGUGGUCAUAGCAAGCGGUUAUGCAACGAUCGGUAUGGAUGUGGGCAAUUUGGCCGGUUUGCGUACAUUUCGUGUGCUGAGAGCCUUAAAGACUGUUUCCAUAAUGCCAGGUUUAAAGACUAUUAUCAAUGCACUAUUGCACUCGUUUCGUCAAUUGGCCGAGGUCAUGACGUUGACCAUAUUUUGUUUAAUGGUCUUUGCACUGUUCGCACUGCAGGUUUACAUGGGUGAACUGAGAAAUAAGUGUGUUAAAAAUGUACCAGAAGAUUGGGUCAAUACCACCGAUCUUGAAUGGAAAUUAUGGAUAAACGACACAGACAAUUGGUUGUACGAUGACGAGGAGCUGCCUCUGUUAUGUGGUAACUUAACGGGGGCACGUCACUGCCCCGAAGGCUAUACGUGCCUGUGUGUGGGCGAAAAUCCCAAUCAUGGUUAUACGAAUUUCGAUAACUUUAUGUGGUCGAUGUUGACAACAUUUCAGUUAAUCACCCUGGACUAUUGGGAGAAUGUGUAUAAUAUGGUGUUGGCCACUUCGGGACCGAUGAGUGUAUCAUUUUUUACAGUGGUUGUGUUUUUUGGUUCAUUUUAUUUAAUAAAUCUAAUGUUAGCCGUAGUUGCUCUAAGUUACGAGGAAGAAGCCGAAAUAACGAAUGAAGAACGUAAAAAAGACUUAAUGGAUCAUCGUGAUGAUUCAACAUUUAGCUUCGACCCGUCCGUUCUGAAUGUGAAAAAAUUAAAUAAAAACAAUAAAAAUAAAAUUGACUCCCGUAAGGGUGUAUUGGCCUCCUACAAUAAGAAGAAGGUGAGACGGAAAAAAGUCAAGGGCACCGGCAAGGGUGAAACAAGUGGUAACAAUACCGAUAGCAAUGGCAAUGGAACACACACUGGUAAAGGUGAUUCACUCACACCCACACCUAGUCCCAGUCCCCGCCACAGUGGUUGUGAACGACCUACCGAUCUGGAUCUGAAAGGAGGUCAACACCAAAAAAUCGGCUCGGCCAAAGACAAACAACGCCAGACACGCAUUUGUUUUCAGGAGCAGGAUACCGAACUCAAUCCAAAUAUGUUGUAUCCCUCCGGCCAGCUGGUGCAUGCCGGCCGCCAAGGUAGCUCAAAUUCAGCCGGCGGUGGUGUGAAUCGUGAAUCAUCUCAGGAUGAUUCAGGUGUGGUGGACGAUCAUGAAGAACAAGAUAUAACAGCUUCCGAAGUGGUCAAUGUAACUGCCACCAAUAAUAAUAACAAUACGGUCACAUUAGCCCUGUCACCGCGUGAAGUUCGACUGAUAAAGUGCAAUGGAAAUAUAGCACGCAUUAAAAAGCAUAAUAUUUAUGCUUUACAUCCGGAAGAUUCUUCCGAAAUUGUUGUAAUCGAUGAUCUUCCCGAUCGAAAUUGUGAUAGAUGUGUUCAAUGUUGCAUCGACUAUGAAGGAUGGUUGCAAUUUCAAAAUUGCCUCUAUAAAGUGGUACGUGAUCCGCUAUUCGAAUUGGCCAUCACGCUAUGUAUUGUUUUGAAUACGGCAUUUUUGGCCAUGGAACAUCAUGGUAUGAGUGAAAGUUUUCGCAAUGCUCUGGAUGUAGGAAAUAAGGUUUUCACUUCAAUAUUUACAUUUGAAUGUAUUAUAAAAUUAAUGGCAUUAUCCAAAGAGUUUUUUCUAUGUGGUUGGAAUAUAUUUGAUUUGAUCAUAGUAACGGCCUCAUUGUUGGACAUAAUAUUUGAAUUAGUUGAUGGUCUCAGUGUAUUGAGAGGUCUCAGAUUGUUGCGUGUUUUAAAAUUGGCUCAAUCUUGGACUACAAUGAAAGUGUUAUUAAGUAUUAUUAUUUCAACCAUAGGAGCUUUGGGUAAUCUUACCUUAAUAUUGGUUAUAGUCAUUUACAUAUUUGCCGUCAUUGGCAUGCAAUUGUUUUCUAAAGAUUAUACACCAGAAAAAUUUGAACCCGAUCCGGUGCCAAGAUGGAAUUUCAAUGAUUUUUUCCAUUCGUUUAUGAUGAUUUUUCGUAUCCUGUGCGGUGAAUGGAUUGAACCUUUGUGGGAUUGUAUGAGAGCCGAAGAAGAGCAAGGUGCUUCCACAUGCUUUGCCAUCUUCCUACCCACUCUGGUAAUGGGCAAUUUCAUGGUGCUAAACUUGUUCUUGGCCUUGUUGCUCAACAGCUUUAAUUCGGAGGAGCUAAAAUCCAAGAAAGAGGAAGUUGGUGAGGAAUCGAAAUUGGCGCGCAGCAUUGAACGCGUGCGCGAUUUAAUACGAAAAAAGCGCCAAGAACGUAAAGAGCGCAAGGAGCGUAAAUAUGCUUCGAAAUUUCAACAAAUUGUUAUUGAAGCUCAAAAUGCUGCCGCCUCAUCCAUGCUUGAUAAGUCAGGUCUGAUGUCGGAAACUAAGUUUCACCGGCUUAGUUAUCAGGAAUCCAUGAAUCGCCCUGUUUCCGGCUCAGAUUUUGGCGUCAUAAUACCCUUAAAGGGUAGCCUACACACCAUCGUCGAUGGUACUGAAACUGAUGAAGAUCGUAAAUCACACACAUCCGCACACCAGCAACAACAACAAUACCAACAACAAUUACAACAGCAGCAACAACAACAAACCACACAUGAAUAUAGCAGCACAUCACCCAUGUUAAAUACCCAACCAGCUUUACAGCUGCUCUAUCAGCAACAACAAACGGCCAUGCCAUCAUUCGAUGGCACCGUGGCCAGUUCCUGCCAAUUAGACAAUAAUAGCCCAAAUCCACAGGCUGAGCGGCGCCUGCAACAUCAAAUGUCUUCCGGUUUUGGUACACAACCAAAUGAUUCACGUGAUGAUCCGACCACCUAUACCGAAUCCAUUGAACUACAACUAAUGGGUCAGUAUAAUUCCACAGACACAGAUCCCUAUAAUCAGGAUCAACGAAGUGGUUCUUAUAUGCGUGGUGAUUCCUUUCAAGAGCGUAUCUCAACACGACUCUGUAGCGAGGAACAUGACGAAUCAUAUUUACAAUAUCAGAAAUCGUUGUUGACACGAUCGCCUAGCUAUCGCAAAUCCUUGGAUCGCCUGUCACAGUCCAGUGACCAGUCCCAGCGAUCGCUGAUACCCUCACGACGUUCAGACGAUGAAAUCGUCUCAAGUAUGCGACGUGACACAAGUGGCCAUUCGUUGAAUACAAUCUCGAUGGAACAGGAGGAGUUGCUGUCGAAUCAUGUCAAUCUUAGGGAUGAACUGCUGAACUGUGAUCAGAAGGAAUUAUUUCAAUUUUUACAGGAAGAUGCCCAGGAUAAUAGCCACAAUUAUUUUAGCGAUACGGUAGGUUAUGGCUCGACCAUGGAUGCCGACACGGAUUCGUUAAUCGUCAACGAAAGUAAACGUGAAGAGCGCAAACCCUCGACCAGCAGCAUCAAAUCGAAUUUAAGCUACAUCUCCAAUUCCAUACUGCAGACCAUAGAGUCUCGGCGGAAUGGUGGUAGCCACUCCUCCAAUGGUAAUGGUCACGAUAAUGAAUCGGUACCCUUGGUAGAACACUCCGAAUUUGAUAACAUCAUACAGAGUUUUGAAAAGGAAUUGGAAGAGAUUAAAAAAUCCACCACUUCACUGGAAAGAAGGUUGUCAACGCUGUCCGAACCCUCACCGGCAGCUGAUGAGGCCAAUAAGGCGAUAUUGGAACAUAUCGCCGUCAUCACAGGGGCCUCGGAGAGGACGGCAGCCGAUGAAGUGGUAACACCACUGAAUCCCUACGAUAGCUACGAUUUGUCCACUGUGCCACGAAGGCAACACUCCCUGCCGGCCAACACAAAUCGUGCUUCGGUCAAGAUCAAACGACGAAGCCUUGAAAAACAACGUAAAAUCGAUGAAGACUUUUGCAUAAGCAAUGAAAUACGCAAGAUCUGUGAUCAAAUACAAGCUCCCUUUGCCUCGGUGGAGGCAAUGUCGAUUGCGGCCACUCAAGCCUCUGGCGCCCAAUCGCCAUUUAUGCGCCGGAAAAGUGAUCUCUUUAGUGCUCAAUUUGAUCGUUUCAAACGAAUGUCGCUAAUUGAGCGUGUCGACGAGGUACCCGAAGAGGAUAAGCCCAUUUCAACGCUACGCAUGGAAUCGGAAAGGUUGCCGCGUAAAUGUCUGACCGUUGAUGGGGCGGACAAAAUCGAAAGUCUCUCACUGAAAAGUACAAAUUCUUAUGAAAAUCUCUUGCUGCACAAACAAUUGACCCAAUUAGCUCAACACCAACAACAACAGCAGCACCAGCAGCAGCCACAUCUUUUGCAUCAUCACGACUCUUCCAAUUCAUCGUCCGCCGUUGUACCACCCACACCACCAGCCUCGCUAAAGUCUUCUAUCGAACCACCCACACUGGCGCAAAUGUCGUCGCUGAAGGCGACACCACCGCUGACGGCCUUAACCGAACACCAGCAACAUUUCCAUGCCACCAAUGCUCAGAUGCGCGCCACACCACUCCUCCCAAGGGCUGGGCAGUCGCGUGCCAAUAGCGUUGACACCGAACAACUGCAACAGCAAAAGAAACAACAGCGGCGGCUGCAAGUCAAGUCACGCUCAGAGCAUCCACAAUCGGCACUAGACAAAGCUGGUUCUUUUCAAUCGGCCCGCACCGAAUCGCAUAGUUCGGGUGCGGCCGAUACCUCCUCAGCUCUGGCACUGGCCGCGGCCGGCGAUGUGAUUGUGGGACAGUUGCAGUCGGCCGGUGGGUCACAAGAUAAGAGCGGUGAUGCGCUCCAGUCGCAAAAAUCUGCAUUUUCACGACUGACUGAAAAACCAUGGCAUUGUCUGGUCUCCUACGUAGACGAUCUCACAGUGGGUGGGAGACGUAAUUCGCAGGGAGCAUACAAUGAUCCCAUGACUUUUCCAAGUUUCGGACAUUCGAAGCCACCAAAAGUGCCAGAUGAUUGUUUUCCGCAGAAGUGUUAUGAACACUUUUAUUUUCGCUGUCCUUGGUUUAUGUCAUGUAUGGAUACACCGACCGCUAAACAUUGGACACGCGUCAGAACGGCCGUCUUAACUGUUGUGGAUACUCCAGCCUUUGAGUGGUUUGUCUUGGUGUUAAUAUUUGCCUCCAGCAUCACAUUGUGUUUCGAGGACAUCUAUUUGGAUAGCAACAAAUCUCUGAAACGUAUCCUGUAUUGGACGAAUUUUUCGUUUUGUCUAAUAUUCGUCAUCGAAAUGGUUCUCAAAUGGUUGGCAUUGGGGUUUUCCAAAUAUUUUACAAGUUUUUGGACAAUAUUGGAUUUUAUAAUCGUUUUUGUCUCCGUUUUCUCAUUGCUCAUCGAAGAAAAUGAAAAUCUAAAAGUGUUACGUUCAUUGCGCACCCUGAGAGCGUUACGUCCAUUGCGUGCCAUAUCCAGGUGGCAAGGAAUGCGAAUUGUAGUAAAUGCUCUCAUGUAUGCCAUACCAUCAAUUUUCAAUGUACUUUUAGUUUGUUUAGUUUUUUGGUUAAUAUUUUCUAUAAUGGGUGUACAAUUUUUCGGUGGUAAAUUUUUCAAAUGUGUCGAUAACGAUGGAGAGCUCUUACCAGUCACGGAAGUCAAUGACAAAUGGGAUUGCAUUGAGCAAAAUUACAGUUGGAUCAAUUCGAAAAUCACCUUCGAUCAUGUAGGUAUGGGUUAUUUGGCCCUACUGCAGGUGGCCACCUUUGAAGGUUGGAUGGAAGUGAUGGCCGAUGCCGUCGAUGCCCGUGGUGUCGAUUUGCAGCCACAACGCGAAGCGAAUCUCUAUGCCUACAUCUAUUUUGUCAUCUUUAUUGUGUGCGGUUCAUUCUUUACUCUCAAUCUAUUCAUAGGAGUAAUCAUUGAUAAUUUCAAUAUGCUGAAGAAAAAGUAUGAAGGAGGAGUGUUGGAAAUGUUUCUCACCGAAUCGCAAAAGCAUUAUUACACCGCCAUGAAAAAGUUGGGACGAAAAAAACCACAGAAAGUCAUUAAGCGACCAAUAAAUCAUUUUUUAGCUAUGUUUUAUGAUUUAUCCAAUUCUCGAAGAUUUGAAAUUGCCAUAUUUGUGUUGAUUUUUUUAAAUAUGUUAACCAUGGGCAUUGAGCACUACAAUCAGCCGCAUGCGGUAUUUUUUAUCCUCGAAGUUAGUAAUGCAUUCUUCACCACCGUCUUUGGCCUAGAGGCCAUUGUUAAAAUUGUCGGCUUACGUUAUCAUUAUUUUACCGUCCCCUGGAAUGUCUUUGAUUUUCUGUUGGUAUUGGCCUCGAUUUUUGGCAUUUUGAUGGAAGACAUCAUGAUUGAUUUACCGAUUAGUCCUACUCUGUUGCGAGUAGUUAGAGUAUUUCGAAUUGGCCGUAUAUUGAGAUUGAUCAAAGCAGCCAAAGGCAUACGCAAGCUAUUGUUUGCCUUGGUAGUGUCCCUGCCAGCCCUGUUCAAUAUUGGCGCUUUACUGGGUCUAAUCACAUUUAUAUACGCCAUAUUAGGCAUGUCGCUAUUUGGACAUGUUAAGCUACAAGGUGCUCUAGAUGAUAUGGUGAACUUCCAGACAUUUGGCCGUAGCAUGCAAUUGUUGUUUCGUUUGAUGACCUCGGCUGGGUGGAAUGAUGUACUGGAAUCGCUGAUGAUCCAGCCGCCGGACUGUGAUCCGCACUAUAAUCGGCAAACGAAUGGAGACUGUGGCCAUCCGCUGCUGGCCAUAACGUACUUUACCAGCUUCAUUAUAAUUAGCUAUAUGAUUGUCAUUAACAUGUAUAUCGCGAUCAUUUUGGAAAAUUUCAAUCAAGCCCAUCAGGAGGAAGAAAUUGGUAUAGUGGAGGAUGACUUGGAAAUGUUCUAUAUCAGAUGGUCUAAGUAA